UUGUUGUUGACAUUUUUUAUUCGUGUGGUGCCUUCAUUCUAAUCUCGGAUUCCGAUUUACGACCAACAAUUUUAUAAGAUCAAGUUGAUCUUCGUCUUGGCCUAUAUAUAACAGCCCCCAACAGCAUGAAUUUCAUUCCGACACAUUCUUAUACCUACAAGCUUUUCUCAAGUUUUCUUCUUUCAAAAGCCCAAUGGCUUUUAAGAACUUGUCCCUUCUUACUCUCUGUGUUUCUCUUGUGUUAUCCUCCUUGUCACCGAUUUCCAUAGCUUCUAAUAAUAAACGUGAUGUUGUUCCACCAGAAACCUUGUGCAGAUCUACCCUAUAUCCUUCCUACUGCAAAACCCUGCUUGCUAAUCAAAACGGCACAAUCUUUGACUAUGGUCGAAUUUCUGUCCGAAAGUCCUUGUCCCAGUCCCGCAAAUUCUUAAACCUCGUAAACUCAUUCCUCCAAGACAGAUCCUCUUUGUUGUCUCUUCCCACAACUCGCGCCCUUGAAGACUGUCAGUUCCUCGCUGAACAAAACUUCGAAUACUUAUCAAACGCACUCGACAAUGUUGAUAAAGUCAGCGAUGAUCUUCCCACCACUGAAGGUGAAGACCAGCAAACCAUGCUUAGUGCUGCUUUGACAAACCAAGAAACUUGUUUAGAAGGUUUACAGACCACAGCUUCCGAUGAAAGAGUGAAGAGUGAACUUCUCUCAUCACUCUCUGAUGACACGAAGCUUCACAGUGUUUCCCUUGAUUUGUUCAUCAAGGGUUGGGUGCCUGAGAAGAAAAUCUCAACAUCAUGGCAACCCAAUGGAAGACACUUGGGUUUCCGCAACGGUCGUUUACCAUUGAGGAUGUCUAACCGUGUACGUGCCAUCUAUGAUUCUGCUCGAGGUCACGGAAGAAAACUGCUUCAAGAUAGCAGCAACAGUGUACUGGUCAAUGAUAUUGUGGUUGUUAGUCAGGACGGAAGCGGGAACUUCACUACCAUCAACGAUGCUAUAGCAGCUGCGCCAAAUAACUCUGCUGCUAGUGAUGGUUACUUUUUAAUUUUUGUCACUGGAGGUGUGUACCAAGAGUAUGUAUCCAUAGCCAAAAACAAAAAGUACUUGAUGAUGGUUGGAGAUGGGAUCAAUCAAACGAUUAUCACCGGUGAUCACAACGUUGUCGAUAACUUCACAACAUUCAACUCAGCAACAUUUGCUGUGGUAGCACAAGGGUUUGUAGCUGUUAACAUAACAUUCCGAAACACUGCUGGGCCAAGCAAGCACCAAGCGGUUGCAGUGAGAAACGGAGCUGAUUUGUCAACUUUUUACAGCUGCAGCUUUGAGGGGUAUCAAGACACCUUGUACACGCAUUCCCUUAGACAGUUUUACCGGGAAUGUGACAUCUACGGUACCGUUGACUUCAUAUUUGGAAAUGCUGCUGUUGUUUUCCAAACAUGUAACAUGUAUCCACGCCUUCCCUUGAGUGGGCAAUUCAAUGCCAUCACUGCCCAAGGCAGAACAGACCCAAAUCAAAACACAGGCACUUCCAUUCAGAACGCAACUAUAAAAGCUGCUGCUGAUUUGGCUCCUGUAGUUGGUAGCGUGAAUACAUAUCUUGGGAGACCAUGGAAAGAGUACUCAAGAACAGUUUAUAUGCAGUCUUUCAUGGAUAGUUUGAUAAAUCCUGCUGGGUGGCAUGAAUGGAGUGGAGAUUUUGCCCUAACCACCUUAUACUAUGCAGAGUACAAUAACACAGGACCUGGUUCAAGCACCCAAAACCGUGUAACGUGGUCUGGUUACCAUGUUAUCAAUGUUACUGAUGCGGUUAACUUUACUGUGUCUAACUUCUUGGACGGGGAUAGUUGGCUUCCUGCAACUGGCGUUCCAUAUACGAGUGGAUUGAUAUAAUCAAACAUUCAAGUUGCGAGCUAGUUACGUGUAAUAAGAGCAAAGUUGCUUAACACUUUUUGUAUGUCCAUGCUAUUGUUUCUCUGUUGUAUUUAUAAAUAAGUAAAAUGUUGUUAUUUACGCAAAUUAAUA